CGGGCGGCGCUGAGGGGCCGGCUGCGGGCAGCGCCGCGCCAUGGCGGCGGGGGGGGCCGGGAAGGUGUCGGUGCUGCUGCCCACAUACGAGGAGCGCCACAACCUGCCGCUCGUCGUCUGGCUGCUCGUGCGCACCUUCCAGGACAGUGGAAUCGACUUUGAAAUUAUCAUCAUCGACGAUGGAAGCCCGGACGGGACGCAGGAAGUUGCGGAACAACUGGAGAAGAUCUAUGGGUCAGAUAAAAUUCUUUUAAGACCCAGAGAAAAGAAGUUGGGCCUUGGCACUGCUUACAUUCAUGGAAUGAAGUACGCCACUGGGGAUUUUAUUGUUAUUAUGGAUGCUGACCUGUCUCACCAUCCAAAAUUUAUUCCAGAGUUUAUCAGAAAGCAGAAAGAAGGCAAUUUUGAUAUUGUGUCUGGGACAAGAUAUAAAGGAAACGGAGGAGUACAUGGCUGGGAUUUGAAAAGAAAGUUAAUCAGUCGUGGAGCCAAUUUUAUAACUCAGGUUUUGCUGAGACCGGGUGCAUCAGACUUAACAGGAAGUUUCAGGUUAUACAGAAAAGAAGUGUUACAGAAACUAAUGGAAAAAUGCGUUUCUAAAGGAUAUGUCUUCCAGAUGGAAAUGAUUGUUCGGGCCAGACAGCUAGGAUAUACUAUUGGAGAGGUUCCUAUUUCAUUUGUGGACCGAGUCUAUGGAGAAUCUAAACUGGGAGGCAAUGAAAUAGUCUCCUUCUUAAAGGGACUCUUGACCUUGUUUGCUACAACAUGAGACUUUCAAAAAAUUAAUUUAGGAUAAAAACAUUUUCUGACCUCUGUGUGGCUUUUAGCAUGUAAUAGCAGAAGCUUGAUAAUUUGCCUGGUGACCAGAAGACCCUCUAUGAUAAAUGAACUGCACUGUUAAACAAGUCAAAGUAAAGACUAAUACCCUAUGCCUUUUUAAAAAAAAAAUAAUGAAGUCUAAUAAAGAACACAAAGCUAAAUUGUAUUAUGCAUUUAGAAAUGAAUCAUUAUUCAGCAGAAGAUGAUUUUGAAAUAAAGAUGAGCAAGUACCUUAAAAAUAUUAUUUUUUCUUUAUUCUGUGUUUUGCAGAUAGUAUUUUAAAUAUAUACGAGUUAGUUCCCUUUAUUUCUUCGAUGCAGAUGUACAUCUGUGUUACAGCAGAUAUAAAACAAAGGUGUUUCUACAGAACUGAUAAUAACUUAUGUAGUUUAAGAGGAAGUACAGAUGAGUACAGUGUUUGUUCUUUCAGCUUUGUUCUUUGUAAUUUGCCGCUAGGCCAGAAACAGAGAAUAUUCUUGGGAUAAGAAAGAGAAUCACUGGGAUAGUUUUGUAUUGCGUAUGCAUGUCCAGAAAUAGAUGAUUCUUUUUUCCUACUUUCUUUAAAAAGUAAGCAUUUUUAGAAUCUAAAACAGGAGGAUAACAUCUCACACAACUUUAGAGUGAUAGAGAACACAAUUGAAUAGAAAACCUCACUGAAGACAUACGAGAGAUUUUUCUUACAUCAAGUAACAUUUUGCAAUGUAAUAUCUAUACUUGCUCCAGAUCCUGAUUGGAAAAAAAUACAAACAGUAUAAUACUC